GUACCUCUCUCCGCACACUUUCGGCUGCGCGAACACAAGUGUUGUGUGUGGUCCAGGCGCCCUACUUGCGUCUCGCUUCUUGAAAUUCUCACCAUGAAUGUCACGGCCUCAGAGAGCGUGUUUUUGUCCGCUUUACAGCCCAACACCUCGGUCACCACCUACGGGCUCCCGUCUGACAUCCAGCUCGGGAAUGGGAGCUCCUCGUCGGACGAGAUAGCCAGAGCGCGGCGCGUCCAGCAGCAGGUCCAGAUGAGGCUGGCGCAGAAGUCCACACUUCCGCGUCAGAAUGGGUCGGCCUCGCAGUAUGCCAUGUCAGACUACGGUGGUUCUUCAUCAAUAAAGUAUCAGACCUAUAACCCAAGUUUCAGCUCUAAAUCAUCCUACAUGUACUCAGGCAGCAAAACAAUGGGUCCACUUGUAUCCCAGAGGUCGGGCUUCAGCAGCCAGUCUUCUGGCCCAGAAAUGGCCCAGUUUCACAAGAUCAGUGUUGGGGCUGGAGGGAUUGCUGGUGGAGGGGUUGGUGGGAUUGGUGGUGGUGGCGGUUUUUACAGAGAAGACAUACGCAUGGGCGGCUACCAAGGAAACACCAGGCCUCAGAGCAGAAUGGAACCAGAGACCCUCUCCAUGCACGCAGUGCAGCAGCACACAGCCCAGGUGAAUCCCUGGAUGGUUGAUGGCAGCGAUGCUGGCAGCUUCGUCUCCGAACGUGUCGGCACCGUCGGUCGCCAAUACGCUCAGAGUGCAGUCAAUGGGUACACCACCCAGGUGAGGCAGGGAGGAGGCGCCAUGACCUUACCACCCAUGCGGCGAUCUCUUAGUGGUACUCUUUCCCGUGGCGGAGGAAUGACAGGAGGAGAGGCGGAAAUCAUCCAACAGCAACAUUCCUACAAAGGGCCAGCCCACCGCACCAUCAGCAGGAUUACAAACCGAAACCGGAUGAGUAUGGGCUCCAUGUCUGGGACCCUGCAGCACCAGAUGUCCUCAGGUGGCAGCACUUAUGGUGGAGGGGGUGACAGAGUAGACACAGGGUUCAUCGUAUCCGGAUUGUCUUCUGGUUCCCAGGGAAACCUAUUAAUGCAACGUCAGGGCACCCUGUCUCGUGCCAUGUCAAUAAAAAGCAUGCACAGUGUGGGCAGGGGCAUGGACAUCUACGAUGGACAGAUGGAAAUGGGAGCCAGCAUGGGCAACCUCAGCGGGAUCAACUCCUUGGACAUGCCCACAGCAGUGCAAAACUUGAGAGAGCCCGACCCUGAGCUACAGGUCCUGGGUGCCGCCUACAUUCAGCAUGAGUGUUACAAUGACAGCAACGCCAAAAAUGAGGUGCGUCGUCUGAAAGGCAUUGGUGAGCUGGUGAAACUGUUCAACUCCGACAACGAGGAAGUGCAGCGUUAUGCAACUGGUGCCACACGCAACCUCAUCUAUGAGAAUAUGGACAACAAGGUGGCCCUGAUCGAGGAGGGCGGCAUCCCACAGCUGGUCGAGGCACUUAAGGAGCCCGAUGAUGAACUCUGCAAAAAUGUCACCGGUAUCUUUUGGAACCUUUCAUCCAAAGACAACUUGAAGGAGAAAUUGGCCAAGGAGACACUUACUGAGCUAACUGAGAGGAUCCUCAUCCGUCUGUCAGGUGAUGAAGACUCUGAGGGCAUCCACCAGUCCCCCUCUGAGGCAGAAAUCUUCUAUAACACCACAGGAUGCCUCAGGAAUCUGAGCUCUGUGAACGAAAAAACCCGUCAGCAGAUGAGAGAAACACACGGACUGGUUGACUCUUUGGUGUCCUACAUCAAGAAGUCCCUUGAAGGGAACAAGGCUGAAGACAAGGGGGUGGAAAAUUCAGUGUGUGUCUUGAGGAACCUCUCCUACCAGCUCUACAGUGAGAUGCCUCCAUCUGCUCUAAUCCGCCUCGAAGGACCAACUAGAGCUCAGAACUCUGGAAAGGGUGAUGCCAUUGGUUGCUUUACGCCUCAGAGCAGGAAAGCAAAAAAUACCCAGAACCAGGAUCUCUCCACUUUCACCGAGGUUGCUCGAGUGCCAAAGAGUGUGGAGUGGCUGUGGCACCCGCAGAUAGUGGGGUUGUACAACAGUGUGCUGCGUCAGUGUGAGAUCAACUCCACCACCCGGGAGGCAGCUGCUGGAGCGCUGCAGAACAUCACAGCUGGAGACAAGAGGUGGGCUUCAGUGCUGAGCAGGGUGGCUCUGGAGCAGGAGCGCAUGCUGCCAGUGCUGCUGGACCUCCUGCGUACAAGCAAUGACCUGGAGCUGCGUUCUCUCACAGGCUUUCUCCGAAAUCUUUCCCGCCAUGCCAGGGAUAAGAAUGACAUGGCCACAAAGGUGGUGAACCACCUGGUGGCCAAGCUGCCUGACAAUGGAAAACAGAAGGAGCCCUCUAGCGAGGUGGUGGUCAACAUCUGUGGUGUUCUCAAUAACUUGGUGACCAGCAGCUCUUUGGCUGCCAGAGACAUCGCUUUCUUUGAUGGCCUGCCAAAACUCAUCGGCAUCAAGAACUCACAUGACAGCAGCAGUGCGAAGAUAAAAGCAGCCAAAGCAGCAGCCACAGUUCUCAGCAACAUGUUCCAGUACAAGAAACUGCAUAAAACAUACAAAUCGAAAGGAUAUACUAGAACGGAUUUUGCAGAUGAUCAAAUAUAGUUGUAGGGAUCAGUCCUGCACUCUACCAGUCCCCCUUUUGGAAGAAAUCUUUUUAGAUGUGUGGGAGUAAAUAAACUCUUUAUGCCAUUCAAAGAUAACAUAUGUUCAGUUGUUAUCUGCCUUUGUUAUAAGAACAUGAACACACAAGUGGAUGGAAAAGGACUUCCUGUGUAUUUUUAAAACUCAAUGGACGUCAGCACAGUUCAAGAAAUGGUGAUCCAGUAUGGUGUAUUAUUGAUGGACUAAUGUGUGCACCUUAACCAUUUACUCUCUUUGUUUGAACACUGUAUGUUUUAAUGUGGAAUCAGGGAUUUAUUUUCUGCCAGAGCAACUUGUAUUCAGAUGAAUCUGCAGCUGUUUGUGUUUCUGCCGUUCGAAAAUAGAUCAUGACUGUUGAUGGAUGAUAUGAUGGACACUUGCAUGGAUGCAAACAAAUGUGGUACUGACAUAGCAUGUUUGUAGAUAUUGCUUUCUCUUUUACACAGAAAUGAAAUGCUUUUUAUAUUGUAGCUUUGGACUUUGUAUUUGUAGUCUUUGGAUAAAUAUGUGUUGAGAACAUAUAGUUAUAACUGAAUGGAAACCACAGUAUUUCUGACAUUUUAAAAUUCGAUUCAGAAAUCUGGGAAUAAUGAUUGUUGUUUCAAAGUUUUGUAUUUAGUUAUACAUAUUUUGUUUAGUUCUGCGAAAUCCCACUCUUUGCAUACAAAAUGGUGGAGUCUGACAUUCGUAAUCACUUUGUCAUACUGAACUCAUACAGUACUAUGAUGUCUGUUUAUUUUUCUUUAACAUGCUGUUAUAAUUGCUGUUUGUCUAUUUUAAUAAAUGGUGUGUGAGUGAGAAACACAGGGGUGACAGGAUACAGUCCUUACCUCCCUUUUUUUUCUUUUUUUUUUUUAGAACAAAUACUUAAUAUUUGUUCAGUUUUGAGGUCUGUGUUCAUAAAUGACCAACUGCAAAAUGUAACACUUUUCAGAUUCAGACCUUAUUGAAACUUAUUUUGAUUAGAUUUGAUCUUGUAAUGUUUUCAUACAAACUCUUGGUAUGUAUUGUUACUCUGUGUUUUAAUAUUUGCUUUUGUGUUGUAUGCCGGCAGAUGUAUCAUCUGAAUAUUUUUCAGCUAAUAAAGAGACAGAUUUGGAAGUGAAA